CACACACACACACAUUCACACACACACAUGCAUGUCUCUACAUGAAUGUACAUCGAGUGUGCGUGCACCUGAACUUGCGGCGGCAGUAGAGUGUCAUCGAUGCGAUUGUGUGCGUGUACCAGAUUCGUUAUCGAAAACGCAUAGCCAAGUACAGGGCUGUUCAUGAGUAUUCAGAGAUGGUCGGAGUCGAUCGGUAUACUAGCUUGUAUACGUAAAUAACGGGGCGGAUAGAAACAAUAGGAAUGCAACCGAACGAGAUUGUUGAGGAUGGAGCGGAUGUAUGUAUGCAGAGGCUCGAGAAGAGGAAUUGGGCUAAGGCCGUGGAUAGCGUGGUUGAUGAAAUAAGAAGAGAGAGAGGAAGAGGAAAGUUGACAAAAGAGCGAGUUCGAGCUUGGUGAAAGAUAUUAAUGUGCAUUGAAACGGGUUUGAACGAAGUAAACAAUCUUUACUCUUUUAUAGCAUCGAAUCCCCGUAACGAGUCAUUUCGUAUUUAUACCUUUUAGAGAUUUUCUUUGUUAAUCGAUAUUUGUCGAUAUCACGAUCCUCUACUUUAAGUUACAUUAUAUUCGUAGAGAGAUAGAAUUAUUUGAAAUAUUUCAUUUUCAAAAUUUAGCAACGAGACUCGCACUAAGCCAAUAUGUCGUCACUGAUCGUUAUAACAUGUAAUAGAAAUCAUUAUUUAGAUCGAUUUCGUCAAGAAGACAUAUAACGCUAAAAUUUGACUGUACUUGUACAUUCAGCAUUUCAUUAAUUAAUAACUUACAUAGUUGAUACGCAUACCAAAUAUCGAGCAUAAAAGGAUUAAUUAUAUCGUCAUUUGACGCGUUUUUUAUAGGUUUUGUAAACAAUAGAGCUUCACAGAUUCUAAGAAACUAUUCUGAAUUCAAGCGUUUAAAAUGAAGGUAGAUACAAAUACGGAUUGUUUUACAGAAAAAAUACUGAUCGAACACAUUUCUAGAGAAAUUCGCAUCACUCAAUUUUCGAAAAAAUAAGACACGAUAUAUACAUCUUGAUACCUGAAUAUCUGCGGUGUGUCGAAAACGUAAAUAAAACUGGGCUACCUCUGAGUGGUUGUUAUCGUCAGUAUAUAACGGGGCAACAUAUUUUUAAGCAGGCGAUAAAAACACAUGGGGCACGUAGAUUUUAGAACUGACCACAUCCUCUGAUUAAUGCAAUAUAUAUCUAUCUGCACUACUGUUGAUUCGACGUCAGUGAAAAGCAAACACGCGAAAUUGAAACAUAGGUCAUAGAACAGGGUGUAUAAGAGAUUAUCAACCGAAAUGAAUUCGUAUGAUAACAAUCAAUUAAAAUUGAUCACCUCUAUUGAAAACGACGACGUGAGAACGGCAAUAGAGAUCUGCACCACGAGAUUCGAUAAAAAAUUCUUACAGCCUGUUGGAGUACUGCGCGUGACUAUCGUUCAGUUGGCUGCUUGGCAAGGGAAUAUUGAAUUAUUGCAACUGUUGUAUGAAAAUGGAGCUGAUAUCAAUGCCACGGACAAAAUUGGCAGAUGUGCGCUUUUUCACGCGGCGCAUCAUGGAAACUGCGAAGUGGUGAAUUGGUUGUUGAAACAUGGAGCUUUCACGGAAAAUAGAGUCGGAGUUGAUUCUUGUUACAAGAAUACUCGUUCACCUUCGAACCUGUGUUUUAUUGGUCGAAACUUACCUACACCAGAGUGUUGGGGAAGGACACCCAUGCACCAAGCUGUGAAGAACAAUCACGCUGCGGUUGUCAAGAUCCUAGUGGAAGCUGGUGCUGAUGUGAACGUGAAAGACGAACGUGGAAUCACACCAUUGCUACUAGCCGGGACCGCAGUCGCAAAAGAAGAUUUCAACGAAAUUUCCAAAUUUAAUGACAUCGUCGAGAUCCUCGUAACAGCGAAAGCUUCGACUAACGUCAUCGAUCCUAAUACAGGCACUACCGUAUUGCAUACUGCGACCUCACUAGGAAGUUGUUCGGCGACGAAAAGGUUACUGAACGGUGGUGCGUGGCCUCUUUAUCAAUGCAAAAGCACAGGAAGUACUCCUCUUCAUCUCGCUGCCAGCACGGGUAACCCAGAGGCGCUUUCGAUCCUUCUAGAGAGCAUACCUUCUUGUGAUAUCGACAUUCGAGAUAACAUCAAUCGAACACCAUUGCAUAGAGCAGCUUACCAAGGUCAUCACGAGUGCGUUCGAAUACUAAUCGAUCACGGUGGCAAUUUAGGCGCAGAAACGAACACGGGAAUUACUGUCGUCGAUGCUAUAUUUGCUCACAUACCAACACCAGUCUUAUUUCUAAACGAUAUUCUGUCUUCUCGCGUUAAAAUGAGUUCCGUUGAAAGUUCCGUGGAAAAUUCCCAGAUCACCAUUGACUUCAACAUGCUAGCGCCAAAAGGAGAGCUGCAAAUGGGAGUAGUUACGUCCCUUAUUGCAGCAGCCUCGAACGUGGAACAAUUGACGAUACUGCAACAUCCGCUGGUGGAAACGUUCCUCUGGUUGAAGUGGUCCAAGUUGAGAGUAUUCUUCUUUAGUCUCGUCUUCGUCCACGCCCUGCUGGUCUUUUCCCUGUCUGGUUAUUCCAUAACGAUAUUGCAAUACGAGACUGAUUGCAUCCUGUUUCGGAGGAUUCUCUCUUCCUGUUCUUGCGUUCUCUUCCUUCAUAUUGUUGUUCAAGUGCUGAUGGUACCUAGAUAUUAUCUGAGACAGUACGAAACGUGGCUAUCGUUCACCUGCGCGGCGAUAUCUCUGACGAUUUCAAUGGGUAGCGCUUAUAGAAGCGAGAUUACGGCUUCAUCAGGGGAAAAGGAAUUACACGGUGCUCGACAGCCUCCUCAAUGGAUGUUGCAUUCCAUCAGCCUGGCAAUCCUGCUUGCCUGGAUGCAAAUGAUGCUGUUAAUCGGCCGCCUUCCAAUGUGCGGAUAUUACGCGCUCAUGUUCUCCACGGUGCUGAAGAAUAUUCUGAAGGUUCUCCUAGCGUUCGUCUGCCUGAUUGUCGGAUUCGCGUUCAGCUUCGCCGUUUUGUUCCACGGGAACGACCAGUUUCGCAAUUCCUGGAGGGCCGUCGUGAAGACCGUGGUAAUGAUGAUGGGUGAGUACGAGUACGGGGCUCUGUUCUCGGACGAGAAGAAUGGGAGUUCCUUCCUACCAGCCACGAGCAGGGUCGUGUUCCUCGCUUUCGUCAUGCUCGCUAGUAUCGUCCUGAUGAACCUGAUGAUCGGCCUCGCGGUCAAUGACAUCCAAGGCCUCGAGAAGGAGGGACACAUUCGCCAAUUGCUGAAGCAGGCCGAGUUUGUGGCUCAUUUAGAAAGACUAGUGCUGACAUCACAUCGAAUCUUUCGCCGCAAUUGGCUACAUCCUCGGUUAGCCAGGCUGCUAGACUCGAGGCGAGGCAUUCCCACAAAAAUUACGUUCUGUUAUCACGAACGUUAUUUCCAUGAAUCAUCCCUCGGCGUGCCAGCGAGGCUGAGGGAGGCGUUGUUUCUGCUCGCCUUGGGAAACUCGCGCGACACCGAAAGUUGCAGCUGGCUUAAAGAAAACGCUGUUUUCCCAGCAGGCGUGAAAAUAACAACGGGGACGAUAAUGUGGAAUUAAAGGCGCUGUUGGAGGAAGUGUUGCUGCAAUUAAGGGUACCUUAUUAUCCGUCCGCUAUGAGAAAGUUUUCAGUAACUUGUAAUGCACGAACUCAAACAGGGCAAAGGAAGAUAACUAACCAUUGAAGAAAUAUAUAUGUGUAUCUUUUUCUUAUGUUUUUAUUAAAAUAUCGAUGACCUCUAUGAUA